AUGCAACAAUGCUCACAUUGUGGUGGAGUGACAUUCUACAAAGACGAUGAAGGUCUAAAGAUCUGUUCAAUAUGUAACACAAGACAAGAGUCAUUCAUUGCUCAAGGAGAAGAGUAUCAACGUGUUAUCGGUGCUCAAACUGUUAGGAAAUCAAAGAAUGAUAAUGCCAAAGCAAAUGAAUAUAGACUUAGAAGAAAGGAUAACAGAUAUCAUAUAUUGCAGUUGUUGUUGAAGGAUCAGGUAGAUGCUCUGAUACAUCAUUACAAGUAUACGAAGCAGUUGUAUCAAGUCGCUGGUGAUCUGUGGCAUGCAUACCUAUUGUGCGUACAGGACAUCAAACAGGACGUAGAUGAGAAGGUCAAAGAGAUGGCACCCGGUGACAAGAUUGACCUGGCCAUGGCACACGUCUCACCAACACCCGCAAUCACACUGGCAAUCCUAUUCCUCAGUCUUACAUGGCUGAAGGAGCCCAUCACAAUCAGCGAUCUACUGAACAUGAUCAACGAAGGACAUCUCAAGUACACACUCUAUGAGAUCACCUGGACACAUCCAUCGGUAUGGUGCGAAUACGAAUACAUUCGCAAUACAGCAUUGGAGUUAUCAGCACUACUCAACAUCGAUACAAAGACCAACAUGAAGAUGUUAUUGAUCAGAUACUGCAUUGAGUUGGAGCUACCAAAGCACGUAUUACAACACUCAUAUAGAAUGUUACAGAUAUUGGAACUACCUUAUCACAUCUCAAGAAAGAUCAACAGCCCAAAGAUGAUCACUUACAAGAACAUGCACAAUAGUGUCAACAGUGGAGUGUUGGCAACGGCCAUCAUCAUUGUCCUGCUCAACAUGAGGUACAACUUGAGCAAGCGCAUGGUCAACACUGGCUAUCCAGAGUAUUUGGAGCGAUUGGUCAGGAAGGAGUUGCGGGGCGACAAAUCAAAGAUGCAACAACGUAUCACAAGACAUCUGGGCAAGGAGAUCGUACGAAACAUGAAGGAGGGCGAUGACAACUACGACAGCUCCGACGAGGAGCUUGACAGGGUCGUGCUAAUGGACCCCCCACUCGAGUUCCCCGAGCCAAAGUCAGUCAGGCAAAUGGAACAGGACAACAAGUUCCAUUUUGAACAAUGGCUUCACCGUCGAGUUGAGUCGACACUCAAAUCAAUCUCGACUCCAAAGAGCUCGCUCUGGGACCUUCCUUUUGCAUCCAGGUUCCCCUAUUCGGUACCAACUACACAAUUCAAACAGCAUCUUAAUGACUAUGUCACCAGCAGAUACAAGGUGUACAGCAAGGAGUUGGAGGAUAUGCAGGAGAGGAUACACACAUCGGUCCAGAAGAGACCGGGCGAUGAGAAGAGAAACUUCUACAAGAAAAAGAAGAAGAAGUUUACCGAUAUCGAUCAACUGGCUGCAGACAAGUACAAGGCAUUCUUUGAGUCAUCUGCAACGGAUCCAGCUGGUGGUGUGGACAAUGGUGGCGAUGAUGACAUAUUCUUUUAUCUUCCAGCUAGAAGUACUAGAAUCGACAAGAUUCCAAAUCAAUAUACUGUACUUAUCGAGAUGUUUGUCUUAUUGAUUGGAUGCAAGAAACAUCACAUUGUCAACAUGAUCAAACUGGUUGAGAAGUGCUACUUUGUAUACUCGUCAAGCUUGGAGAAACAGGAGGAUGGAAAUUAUAAGCUGAACUUGGAUCCAAAAGGUUAUGUUGACAUCCCCAAGUCCUAUGACCCAAAUUGCGAAGAAGACAACGACGAUGACGACAAUGACAUCAAGAACGAUGAAUACUCCAGUGAUGAAGAAGACGACGACGACGACGACAAUGAAGACAACCAAGACGAACAAGCCAAUGACAGUGAUGUGGAGAUGAAAGAGGACGAGGAUGAUGACGACGACGACAAUGAUGAAUAA